AUGAAGGUGAGUGUGGAGAUAAUAACGGGAACAUUUAUAGAUACGGACGUGAGUGAAGAUGCGACGGUCAAGCAAAUGAAGGAGAAGAUCGCGGUGGAGGUGAAAUUGCCGGUGACGCGUUUGAUACUUGUCAUUGGAGAUGAAGAGACGAGAAGAUUGGUGAUGGAGGAUGAAGAUGACAUGAUGUUGAGAGAUUUAGGAGUGGGAGAAGAUUCUCAUAUCUAUUUGUUCUUUAAGCAUCCUGAUUUGGUUUCUAAGGAAGAGAGAUCUAAAGGAGAAGAUGAUGAUGAUCCUAUGGAGGAGGUUUCUUCGGAAGCAGAGAGUGGAAGAGGAAACGAAGAAGAAGUCGAAAAGGCAAAAAUAGACGGUGAAGAGGAAGAUCAAGCGAUGAAAGAUGAAGAAGAAGAUAGAGAUGUGAAAGUAGAAGAAGAUGAAGAAGAGAAGGAGAAGGAGAAGGAUGGUGAAGCAAAGUAUGUUAAAGAGGAAGCAAGAGAGGUUGAAGAAGCAGAUAAUAAACAAGAAAAUUAG